AGUGGGUAUGCCAUUCAGAAUGAGUCAAUCUGAGUCAGGAUAUAAAGAGUCAUUCUUGCCACUGUCUUGGUAUCUGUCCUCGUGUUAGGUGUGUGUGUGUGAAAGAAGCACAGUAAGUUUGGCUAUAUCAGAGUCAAGACAGGCCUUGACGAUGAAGUCCUGUGUCCUGUUCCUGCUGAUAUUGGGGAGCACCUACAGUGCACCAGUUGAACAGGGUGGCCUAGAGCCAGGUUCUUGUGAAGAUGCAUCAACUGUGGCCGCUGCUCAUUUGGCCCUAAGGAAGAUCAACCAUGAUCGGACGGAUGGCUAUGUCUUCAGUCUGCACCGCCUCUCCAAUGUCAACCUGAAUAGACAUGGAGAAACUGGAGUCGUUUUUUAUCUGACUCUGGAUGUUGUGGAGACCAACUGCAGUGUCCUGAGCAGGAAGGACUGGAAGCAAUGCGAGGCCCGCCCUGAAUCUGAGAUGCCGGUUUAUGGACAAUGUAAAGCUGCCAUCUACAUCAAUAAGCCACAUAGAGUGGUUCGCCUCUAUAAAUACAACUGUAUUAUCCGGCCAGUUCCUGCAGCUAGGGUGGCACAGAUUUGUCCCGACUGUCCAACUUUCAUCAACUUUGAUAACGAAAACGUCCAAACAACCGUGUCUCAAUCAUUAGAGAAGUUCAACAAAGAAAGUGGACUGAACAAUGAUUUUGCUUUGCUCAAAAUCUUACGUGCUUCUGCCGGAAUGGCAAUGAGCAUGUCAUACCAUGUGGAGUACACAAUACAGGAGACCACUUGUGGAAAGUACAAGAAGGCGCCGCCAGGUGAAAAAUGUCCUAUCAUGACGUGUGAAUUUUCACACAAAGGCUUCUGUAAAGCCUCCCUCUACACCAUUAAUGAUACUCCAGAUGUCAGUGUAGAGUGUGAGAUCUAUGAGCAAGAAGCUGCAGAAAGAGAAAAGGCACUGCAUCUGCUGGGGGAUUCAAUUGAUCAUGCCCACAAUGACACACAUACACAUGGAAACGAUGGCCAUGAUAAAGGUCACUCACAUUCUACUGAACAUGACCACAUCCAUGACCACACCAAGGAUCACUCUCACCACAAAGUCCCACACCCUGAAGGUAGCAAACAUCACCAUUCUCAUGACCAUAGGCCAGGCAGUGCCCACAGGCACGGGCAUGAUCACUCACACGACCAUGGGAUUGAUGGCGACCACGACCAUGUGCAUGCCUACCAUAGCCAAGCACAAAACCACACCGGCGAUUUUCCAAAUCAGCAUCAUCACUACAAGCAUCCUGAGGGCACCCACACCCAUGCUCAUGACCAUGAACAUGCUCUGGACCAUGACCAUAAGCAUGCUCAUCUGCACGAGCAUGAACAUCACCACCAUCACCACAAACAUGAGCAUGAGAAGGAACAUCAUGACCAUCCAGAAGGCAUGGUGACGAUGAUACCCUCCAUGGAUCAGCCAAUGACCUUGCCUUCAUUCCCUGAUGUUCCAGUAGCUGGACCUGAAGUUGGGGUCACUCUGCCCCUUAAACCUGACCCCAGAAUUCCUGGAAUGACUGAACCAACCAUCCAUGCCUUUCCAACAUCUUUGUCAGCACAGUGUCCUGUUCCAGCAGCAGGAACUGGUCUGGUGAACAACCUGUUUGCAGAAGAUCCCAGGUUCAAGCCAGCAGCAUGAUGGAACCUAAUUACCCACAAACAGUAAAGACUUUUCUGUCUAAGAAAAUUAAGAAACAUUCCAAGGACACUAAUUGGACACAUUAGAACUCCCCAUAAUAAUUGCUUAAGUAUCACAACAGCAAUUUUUUUUGUUCAUUCUAGAACAGCAAAAUUGUUAAAUGCCAUGUAUUCUGACUAUCGAAUAAAGACAGAGCGUAUAAAAUAAAA